GACCAGUGGUAGCCUUUUCGUACGCUUCCAGUCCACGCUCUCGUCUUUCCUCCGCCGCGAUGGGCUCUGCAACGGUCCUCGCAUCACUCUGCCACUGCUCCCUCUCCCUCUCCUCCUCUUCCCACUCGAUGAAGGUGGCCCUCCUCAUCUCUUCCCGUCCGCCCUCUAGGCCUUCUCCCAAAAUCCCACCUACGUCCCAUCUCCGCGGAUCCUUUCCCGCACUCCACCUGCCUCGCCCCCCGCUGUGGGACGGCCUCAAGCCGCUGGCGAGGCCUCUUUCUUUUGGAAACUUUGCGCGCAAAGAGAAAAAGGUGAAAUUUCGUGGUAAAGUUGUUCGUGCUUCUUUAUUUGGAGUGGGUGCUCCUGAAGCAUUGGUUAUUGGAGUGGUAGCUCUGCUGGUGUUUGGCCCUAAAGGCCUAGCUGAGAUAGCACGUAACUUGGGGAAAACAUUGCGUGCUUUCCAGCCAACUAUUAGGGAGCUUCAGGAUGUGUCUAGAGAAUUCAAGAACACUCUUGAGCGUGAGAUUGGAAUUGAUGAAGUUGUGCCUCCAACAAAUUACAUCAACAAAUCGACCUUGUACGCUGAUGAAAAACAAGAAACCGUGGUAGAUCCAAAUGGAAAACCACUAGCCCAAUCAUAUACCAGCGAAGAACUCUUGAAGGUUACAGAACAGCAGCUGGCUGCAUCUUCUGCCACAUCCAAAAUUGAGUCGACGCCUGAAUCACAAGGCACUGCAUCUCAAGUUGAAGAACAAGCACCUAAAGAACAACCAAAAGAAACUUUUACAACUGAAACAAGCACUUUCAAUUCCGAUACAGAUGCACAAUCAUCGGCUAAAUCUGAGCACCAGAGUUGAAGGUGAUGCAUGUGUAUACCCCAAUGUGAAAAGAUGGAGCAUAGGAAAUCGAUGCGAGGCAAACAAUGUAUAACUUGGAGUCUUACUUAACAUGCCAUGUAAAUGUUUUGCGUUUUGUCUUGGAUUGGAGGAAGGCCUGAUGCAGUUUUGUAGUCUGAUUUCUUUGUCGAUAUCCAACUGUUUCAUGCUCUUUGGAAACUAUAGAAUGAUGUGAACCCAUUGACACCUCUAGUAUAUCUUGUUGCAUGCCUGA